CGCAGUACAUAGUUGGGUCCAGAUGUAUUUAAACCAGGCCUGCCCCCAGCCUUCACAUUGGUCCUCCCCUAGGCAGCUGUGGUCAUCACAUCUCUAGGACGUAAUUGACCCAUUAAAAGCUAUUUUUAUAUUAUUUGACUAAGUUGAACCUGAGUUUAUUUGCUGUGGACAUCACAAUUACAUUGGACAGACCAGAUACGUUGUUUGAGUGUUUUAGCACCUGUGCUAAUUUGCAACACUUGUCCACAGUUCAGUUAGGUGCAUGUUUUGUAGUAGUGUACAUACGAAUGCAUGGUAAAACAAAUUUCUAAAAAAACAAGCUAACAAAGUGUCCAGGCUGGAAUUGAGCCUGUGUCCUCUGCUUUAAAAGGUAGCCGCUGUACUGUCAGUCAACAUGAUAAGGAGCGUGGCAGCUUACUCGUCUCUUUUUCUCUCUCCUGCCUCGGCCUGACAUGGUGCUCUCUGCCUCACGGCAUAUGGCGAUGCACAUCCUUUGUGCGUUUGCAAGAAUAUACUUUUUUCACCUUUUUCACACCACUGUAUGUGGCACCACUAUGGGUUUGAAAUCAAACAGACAAGAAGUGUAGACGUUCACCUUUUAAUUUACGACGAUUCACGCAAAUGUGUUAUUCACCAUUUAGGAAUUGCGGUCAUACAGUGAGCUGUAUCCGUGGGCUCCAGACUUCUGUCAGUCAUUGCCUGCAAAGCAUUGUCAUCAAAGUAUAAUGCUUAUAUUUACAAUUAUGUCACCUUGUCCAAAUGGUGGGACUUUGCAUAAAUUGCAAGUAUAUUUAUUGUGGAUGUCUUAACUGUGAAUGUCGACAGUUCAAUCCUGUUUGCUGUUUUACUUCAAGUCCAUUGAAGGGCUGCAUCCAGGAAAAAAAAAAAAAUCACAAAAACGCUGUCUCUCAAUUGUCCAAACUGACAUGAGAUAUUUCAAACAUACUGUCUAAUCUUCUGUAUAAUCUACUUUAGUGUAAUGUCAGUAUUCAUGACUGCAUUGUGGACCAACCAGCUGUUUACUCUGCACAGGAAUCUAUAAUGCAUCAAGGUGCGCUGCUGCGUUCUCAAGGGGUCCUCUGGCUGUCAGGUGACCUGUAGAACAAGGCAGCAGGGAGAGCUGGGUGUGACGAGACCCACUCUGGCUGAUGGAGCCUUGAUGCUGCCGGCGCCGACUGGCAAGAUGCCGGCUCAGCCUCCACCUCCUCCACCGCCUCCUUAUCUCCUGCUGGACCUGCCAAUGCAUCCUCUGAUUGAACACAUGUACAUCGGCCAACACCGUUGGUCGCAUUGAACAGUUUGUACCUCUCCGUUCAUGAAAGCGUAGAGGAGAGCCACCGCAAAACCCUUGGAAUCAUGAAGGAAAGGAAAGUCACCUUCCAUACGUGUCAUGCGUGAUUUUACAUGCACCUCCUUUUACCUGCAUGGAUGACAGAGCCAGCUCCACAAAGGUCCAGAUCUUAAACAUUAAGCUGCUGACUUCAACAGGCAAGAAAACAAACAGGACGUACUGCAGACCAAACAAGACCACCAGGAGAAAAGUGGAUUUGAUCAACUUCCUGGUGAAAAGAAAAAAAUUUGAUACAGUUCUUGAUCUUGUUGUGCAGGAGAGUGUAUGAGGCACCUAACACUUACUUAUAGCGACUGAAUUCAUUCCUCUGUGCAUCUGGCAUCCUCAGUUUGCUUGCCAGGAUCCUCAGAAUACCCAAGAAGAAGAGAAGAUUCAUCUAAAUAAACAAAAACACGAAUCACCGCUGCUGGACCAGCGUCUUAAGGCACGGUAUAUCUUAAAAAGGAAGGAAUGGUUUACAAAAAUAGUUAGCAGAACUGGCACUCGGAGUAUCCACCAAAUCCACUCGUGUUUCCUUGUUUCCCAACAGCUGGGGGGAAAAAAACUUUAGUACGUCAGAUGUACAUGGAAGACUGAAUGAAAUUGAUUCUUACCCUUCAUCCUCAUAAAAAUACUUGGCACAACCCCAGGACACGAUAACCAUCAGCGGGUCUCAUACCCCAGCUGAGUACGAUGUACCAGGCCAGGUGCGUCUUCAGGGAGAAGAGGGAGCGGUUCACCAGGGUGAAGAGGAAGUGUCCCUCCACCAGCAGCCAGCUGUAGUUGGCCAGGAUGGAGUAGUUGGACAACAUAAGAGCGACUUUACACGACACCUGUCCAGCAGAGGAGAUAAGGUGUUUAAAAUUAGCAUACCUCUGGAUCCUUUGCUGUCCUCCAGCCGCCUGUCACCUUUGUCGUUUGGCUGACCCUUGACCCCCUGGACAAUGGCCGUCUCAACCCCAGUGAUGUGUGCAGAUACCCUCGGAAGUGGAGCACCUCUGCCUCUGAGGCAGCUGGUGGAGGAAGGAAGGAGUAGCGUCCCAAACCACCUAUUGGAAUCCAAAGUCUAUUUCAAAGAGAAGAGCAACAGCCUGAUCGAAGUGGAUCCUCCUGAAAUUCACUUCACUGGCUUCAAGCUGGAGAAGGACUACGUGAAGAGUGUGAAACUAAUCAACAUCUCAUCGAGAGUGCUGAAUAUUCAUAUCAUCCCCACCCAAACCAAGCAUUUCCGCACAACCUACGCCAAAAAGUAUCGGCUCAUUCCUGGCCUCGCCUACACAGUGAAGGUCAGAUUCUGUCCUCGCGAGUGGGUUCGUGUGUCUGACUGCAUUCGGGUUCACUGCGAGGCGGACCAGAACCUCUUAAUUCCAGUUCAUGCUUACCCCUCCAUGGCUCAUGUCCGCAUCCCAUCGCGCAUCGACUUACCAGCUACCCCACUUGGACAGAGCGUGAGCCAUGUCAUUCCGCUGAGCUGCAGAUCUCCCAGCGAUUUGGAGUUCCAUGUGCACCUGAUUGAGCCGCACGAGGCCUUCUCCAUCUGUCCACUCACCGGUGUGAUCCCAGCCAAUGGUCAAGUGAAGAUCACUGUUACCUUCAGACCCUGCCGCUAUGAGACUAGUCAUGUCACUGUCCGGCUGGUUGUCUCACAGUUUAACACGAAAUCCUACCUCUGUACCAUCACUGGAUGCUCCGCCCCUCUCCUCGAUCUCAGGAAGCUGGAUCGUCAAGGCACGUCUGCUAAAAGUAAAGGGUCUUUACCAGCUAUCCAGGUGUCUCCUCGGAUUAAAACACAAAGUCCAGUCAAACAAAUGUCCACCAAGGAUGGCAUCAAAGCAAAGCCAAAACCAAAACCUCUGGUGGAUCCUUCCACCCAUGCAGGGGUGGCAAAGAUGCUGCAGAAGGACAUCAGCAAACUUUGCGCUGAACACCCGAGUCAGGGUGUGCUGAACAGGCAGAAGAAGGAGGCUCUCUUCUUGAAAAAAGUUCAACAAAAUGUUAAAGAAGAGCGAACCAAUCGCCUGCGCGUACAAGUCCAUCGGGGUAAAGACCCAGUGACGGAGGCAACCAGGUGCCAGGUGCUGAAGGAAAGAGAGGCUGCAUUACAUCAGUACAAGGUCAGGAAGGGAGAAGUAAGAAAGGAGGAUGACUUCACCAGUGGACCACCAAAACUUUACUCUGUUCGGCUGAUAUGUGACGCUGGGCAGACCCCCAUGGGAGUCCCUUCCUUCCAGUUUCACCCCAGCUUUCAGUGGGAGCUUAAACAGAGGGCCCUAAAACUGUUUCAGCAGGCAGCACGCAAGGUUGUGAUGCAGUGUCGCAUGAAGCGGACACUGUCCUUGUGGACUAAACUACCAGAUGCUGCAGCAAGCUCACUCUCGACACAGAAAGUAGAAGACGAGGAGGCAUGUGUGAUGAAGAUCCCCUCAGACAGAAUCUUUCCUUCUUCCUUUCCACUUUGCGCAGAUGACGAUGAUUCGCUGGCUCUUGACUUCACUGCUGUUCCUGUGGAUGCCGUUGAUGUGAGAGUGACAACGCACGUUCCGGCCUUCAAGCUCCAAGUUCCUCUGUACUACAAGAUUAUGGAAUACCAGCCUGUGUCAGCCUGGGAGGCCUUUAAUUCCUUCAUCCCCACUACCUUAGCCCGGCCACUUCGCACUGAAGACCCUGAAGAUGGCUCUCAGUCCCCCACACCAGGGGAGGAGGAAGAGCAAGAUGCCAACGACCUUAACUUCACUUUCCCGAGUGUUCUCCUUAAACCCGUUCACGCACACCCACUCAGGAUCUUUAACCCUGCUCCUGGCCUCCAGUCGUACAAACCCACCCCUAAAUACCUUGAAAGUGAUGUGGACUUCCAUCUCUGCCCGCUUCCUCGUUAUUCAACCGCUGAGGGCUACACAAGUGGGAUGGAGUCACAAACUUUGCACACACAGCCUCUUGAACCAAAGGGAGCGAUCACUGGAUUGAAGACAUGGGACAAAUUUGACUUAAUCACGGCAACAUGUUUGUCCAAACAUGCUGCCUCGACAACCAACAUCCUAAAUGGUUCGGCUGACUAUAAUAACGACAUCCUUCCAGUCACAUCACCUGCUGCUUUCACCCAACUUCCUGCCCAUCUCCCAGGAGGCACGGACAAAAAGUGUGACUCAAACCUGACCCCGGAGAUGAUCAGGUCAGAAUUUCUCUCUGGUCUUCAGUGACAACCUUCCCCAGGCAGAGCAGAUGCGGAGCAGUGCACAAGCUCAGCACAGAUCACAGCUUGUCGAAGCCAACCUACCAACCUUCUUUUUCCUUUCCUGAUUGAAAACACAGGUGCACCAAGCGAAGACGAGCCUAAUUAUCCCAAUUCAUCUUACCCCCUCCAUCCAAAUCCUGUUCAGGGUCACACAGAAGCUGCAGUCAGUCAGUGAACACAUCACAGGACUGACACAUAUUGACAGAGAGCCGUUCACGCUUAGUUUAAUUUAUACUCUCCAGUGAACGUAGUACUGUUGGAAAAAUGUUAGGUUGUUGCAUUUACAAAAGCAGUUUGUUUUCAUGUGUACUAUCUAUGUACAGUGCCUGGCAUAAUAAGUCUUGUCGCUUAUCAAAGUUAUAGGAACAAUAAAUAACUUC